AAACUAAUGUAUAUUUUGACUUUAAGAAAAAACAGUAAAUCACAUACAAAACGAUUUAAUUAGCAUUUGCUAUUAACAAAAAAAAUAAUUACAUAACCCCAAAAUAUAUAUAAACAAAAAAUAUAUCACAAUUUCGAACCUUUUUACGCAAAAGAAAAAAAAAAAAAAAUGAUAUCUCUUGCGAAACUUUCUAUAUUUAUCUUUGUAAUGUGCUCCUGGCAAUAUCCUAACUAUGUAACUGAACUGGUUACAUCAUGGGGUAAUGGAACUAGCCAAAAUGACACCUUAGAUGUGAGGAUUAGCAGAUCAUUAAAGGGUGAAACUGAUAUAGAAACAGGACAACAAAAUAAAUUUUCCGCCAAUAGUAGUGGAGCUUUCCUUAAAAACACCGAGUUGGGUAAAGAAUCUAGAAAAUUAGAUUCCAUGGUUGAAUUAAAAAAGUUAUCAGACAUAAAAAAUAAGGCAGAAGAUGAAAGAAUGGAAAUAAAAUCCAAAGGAUUUUCUAAUGAAUCGGAAUAUUCUAGGCGUAAAAAGAAAGAAAACUUAUUCCUCUUCUUGGCCUAUUCAGUUCCUUAUCCAUUAGCGUUGUACUGUGUAUACCUAAUUGUCGUUAGUUCUAAUAGUGUACCAUAUUCGUGGGUCACAUGUGGCAUUGCAAUUCCCGCAUUCAUAGGAUUUGUCCUUUUGUUCUUAUUCUUGGUAUCCUACUACCCAUUUAAAAGAAUAAAAAAUAUCAAAUAA